UGGGAUGCCAUAGAAGUUUGACUAACGUGUUUGUUAUGAUGUUAUACCGUUUUGUCGAUUUAACUUCUUUUUGAAUGAUUUAUAAGACGUUAAUUUAAAUAUUUCUUUUCGAUAUUGUAAAGCUGUAAGUUUGCUUUGCAAUAUUUUUUAGUUUUUAGAAAGAGUCCGAAUAAUAGGCAAUGAAUUCGGUGAAGUUACUGUUAAAAUACUCGAUUGAAGUUUACGAAAGUUAUAAUGGCAUGACUCAUGGUGUCGAAGAGCAUUUAGAAAGGUGUCUAGUGAAGAAUAAGGUUAAUAACGAGGAGACCAAAGUGUUCAUUUCUGAGGUUUUCUCCGGAUGUGUGAGAUAUCAAAGCGUCAUUAAGGUUGUAAUUGAUGCAUAUUACGCCAGGGAUGGUAAAAAUUGCCUCCGUUCAGAUAAAAGUCUUUAUUCUGUGUUGUGCUAUCUCGUUCUGUUUCGACUGGAUGAGCUAGGAGUUGGUUACUUGUGGAAGCUGGUCGGUUGUCAGGAUGCCAGUAAAAUGCACAAUUUCUUUAAAUUUUUUCUGAAUAAAGGAAACAUCAAUACAUGGAUGGCAGAUGAGUGGUGUAGACAUUAUGAUCAUAGCUUUGUGGAGAAAAGUUUAGUUUCAACGUUACUUAGCUGGUUGCCUGAACUACAAGAGAUUGUCUUGCUGCGAUUAGAAAACAAAAUUUCCUCGCGACGUGUGCCCGAACGGAUUAGAAAACCAAAUACAGCCAUACAACCUUUCAAGUUGACUCAACCACGACCACGGAGUAUUCCCAUACCUGAUAAGAUACCGAAAUUGAAGCCUUCAAAGCCUGUUCCCCAGAGUACAUACACAAUUCCUGCCGUUGCCUCAAGAUUGCAAGAAGAGAGGUCAAAAAAUAAGAAAAAGGCUGAGAUAAACUUGCUCAAUGCAAAUGCCUCACAGUUUCAAUGCGCAAAUCCAGAGAAGUCGGACAAAACUAUGAGGAAAAUGUACGAAAUCCAGGCGGAGAAAGACUCCAAGUUAAAGUUUGCAUCUGCAAAAGCGAACCCUGCUCCAUCAUACAUAGUACGUAUUGGAACAUUUCAGAAACAUUCAGAAACGUUCAGAAACAUUUCAAAAUAUUUUCGUUUUGGGGAAAUUUUUUGUGAGUGUUAUUGAUGAUGCUAAACCGAAUCCUUAACCGCAAUUCGAGUUCACCAUGCAAACUUUUUUUUCAUGUCUUUCUAAGGUGGCACGAGAGGGGUAAGAAGUCUUAC